CUUGAAGCAUACAUCAACGUAUAUGUUUUUCUAUUCCUCAGUGUAUCACACUCUCAGACAUUCAUACCAGUAAAGAAGCAAUGUUGCUUCAUAAAACCAACGUUACCAUUCUCCGAGCAACUUCACCUCAAUCACAACCAAACUUCCCCAUUCUCCGAAGACACUUUUGUCUAUGGUCAAUGAAUAAGGACCCAGACUUAGAAUCAGCACUCUCACGAAACCGACGAUGGGUAGUAAACAACCAAAUCAAAAACAUAAUCCUCCGUUACCCUAACAACGAAAUCCCAAUCGAAACUCUUCAGAAGAAAUUCAAAACCCUAGAUCUUCAAGGUAAAUCCCUCAAUUGGAUUUCCAAAUACCCUUCUUGUUUCGAACUUCACCAAAAUCGCAUUCGUCUCACCAAACGUAUGAUCAAUCUCGUUCAUCAAGAACAAACCAUCAAAGAUUCACUUGAUCCUGUUUUCGCUCAGCGUCUCGCGAAACUUCUCAUGCUUUCGUUUAAUAAUACCCUCAAUGUUAUCAAGAUCAACGAAAUCAAAAGCAGUUUAGGGUUUCCUGAUGAUUAUUUGAUUCGAAUAGUGCCGAGAUAUCCUGAUUUCUUUCGGAUUGUUAAUGGGAGUGGUAGGAGAAGCUCUAUGGCGAUUGAGCUGAUUCAUUGGAACCCUAAUUUUGCAGUUUCGGAAGUUGAUGCUUCCGCUUUGAGAAAAGGUGUGGAGCCAAAUUUUUCGUGUUGUUUGCCUUCUAGUUGGGUGAAAUCGUUGGAGAAAUUUCGUGAAUUUGAAUCGAUUCCUUAUGUUUCGCCGUAUUCGGAUCCGAGAGUUUUGGUGGAAGGGUCGAAGGAGAUGGAGAAGAGGAAUGUGGGUUUGGUUCAUGAGUUGUUGUCAUUGACUCUUUGGAAGAAGGUUUCAAUUAUGAAAUUGGGUCAUUUCAAAAGAGAGUUUUUUUUGCCUGAUAAGUUGAAUGUGUUGUUGCUUAAGCAUCCUGGGAUUUUCUAUGUUUCUAAUAAGUAUAGGAGGAUUUAUACUGUUUUACUUAUCUCCAAAAAUACAAAAUUUAUGUUAAUGCAUAUGUCCGCAAAAAUUUGCAAAAAAAAAGGGAUAGGGCAUGACGGACACAUUAGAAUGUGCAAGACUAAACUCUAA